UUUCUAUGGUCUGGUCCCAGUGAGAGAGCCGCUGUGUAUGUGUGAGUGCAGACGUCUGCUGCUUCUCCUGAUGUCAGGCACAGAUAAGUGUGAGUAGAGUGAGAAAGAUUGUGUGUUUGGAGCUAAAGCACCUCUCAGUGUUUUGUGCGUGAGGCUGCUGCGCCUCUGGAUACGGGACUCUUUCCUCCACCAGGACAAUCUGGACAGAUAUGAUGGUUCGUUAGAAAAGGGGUCAAGGUGAAAUACAGUAGACAAGAAAGCAAGAGAAAGGAAAGCCAGAUAAAGCCAAUAUGAACCCCAUACGGAAAGACAUGGAGCUGCUGAGUAACAGCAUGGCUGCUUAUGCCCAUAUAACAGAGAACUUGGAGAGCUUUGCGCUGUUCUUCUUGUUGGGGGUGUGUUCAGGUCUUCUGCUGGUCAUUGUCCUCCUCAUACUGGGCAUCACCUGCCGACCGCGUUCAAAAAUAAAAACACUAUCCUCACCAGACAAGAGACGACUGAAAGAGUCCAGUGAGGAGGACGAGGAAGACAAGGAAGAGGACCAAAGUGAGGAAGGAGAUGACGAGGACCUAGAAUUCCCAGUGGUUACUGGGAGUCCAUUGAGUGAUCAGGCCCAGAUGAAUGGAACCAUUAAGAGUGUGAACGUGUUUGCUUCAGCGGAGGAGCUGGAGAGAGCCAGGAGACUGGAGGAGAGAGAACGGAUCGUCAGGGAGAUCUGGAGGAACGGACAGCCAGAUAUACUCGUCACCGGCACAGGAACACUCGGACGAGUUCACUAUCUCUAGUAGUGUUUAGUGGACGCAGUUGUUUCUACAGAUAUUGAAUGCCACAGGAUUUGGGUGUAAAGUACCCUUAAAAUGGGACGGAUUGAGUACACUCUUAAAAAUAUGGCUUCCAAAGGGAGAUUUUGUAUUUCCAAAAGAACUUUUUUAAGAGUAGGUCUGCAUUUAAUCCCCAUAAUUCUGUUUUGAAGCCAUUGCUUGUUUUCUAAAUGAAAUUCAAAUUUUUUCAUUUGCAUUUUGUAUAUAUGAAUACAUUUUAGCACUUAAUGUUUGUGUAUAUAUACUGUAUGUAUUUUUAAAUAAAACCAAAGAUUUUU